GGUACGCGGAAAUAGCGAUUUACGGAGCCGAAUUUUGUGCUAAAAUUUUGUGACUCGUUUUUUUGACGUUUUUUUUAGGUAGCCUAAGGCAAACGUAUUUUUGAGAAGUUUCUUUUCGGAAACAUAUAUAAACAUAGUAUAUUUUUGGAAAGAAGAAGAGUUAAGCUUGUUUUUUAUGUUAUUUUUACGUACGGUUGUCUUACCAUUUUUUGGAGCAUUUGGCUCAUGAAAAAUAGGUUGGUGUUUACAUGUCAAAUUCUUGUCGAAGGACUCUUUAUUCCGCUUUUUUGAUUCUUUAAAUAAGUUUUUACAUGCAUUUUCUUUGCACAUACCAAAUUUUAUUGAAAAAUAUUGUGUAGCAGAUAGUUAAAUCAGUUUAGCACUUUUAGUACCUAAUUUCUGUUUUUCCGAUUUUUUUUUAGCGGAUUUCCCGUCUCAUUAUUUUAAGUAGGGUUAGGCAAACGAUUUUUUGUUGUUUUUUUUUACAGAAACGUAUAUACACAUAGUAUAUUUUCAGAAAGAAGAAGAGUUAGGCUUGUUUUUUGUGUUAUUUUUUUACAUGAUUGUCAUACCUUUUUUUUGACUAUUUUGCUCAUGAAAAUUAUGUUGAUGUUUACUUGUUCAAUUAUUGUUGAAGGAAUCUAUAUUCCGCUUUUUUGAUUUUUUAAAUAAGUUUCUACAUGCAUUUCUUUUGCACCUGCCAAAUUUCAUGAAAAAAUAUUAUGUAGCAAUUAGUUAAUUCAGUUAAACACUUUUGGUACCUAAUUUCUGUUUUCAAAAAUAGCCGAGGUGGGGCUGAGGGGGAAAGAGUUUUUUUUUUCUUUAAAAAUGUUUAUUGCAUAAUGUUUCACUUAGAUUGUUAGUAAUUAAAAAAAUGAAUAAUAUAAAUGAACUGGGUAAUCAAACAGAUACUUCAUCGUCAUCUGAUGCAGUUGUUUUAUCAACAUCUGCCAGUGGCAAAUUUUUUCAGAUCUGUAUAGAGUUAAUGUCGAAAUCAAAGUUAUUUUGGUUAAUUUUUUUACCUUUAGCUUUGUCACCAUCUGCUAUGGUUGUUUUCUUGUUAAUUUUAGUCCAAUCAACUCAGCCUUCCACUGUUUUAGUUUUAGUUCCAUCUACAUCUGAAACAGUUGUUUCAUCAACAUCUACCACAUUUAGAAAGUUUAAAAGCUAUUUCUUUGUUCACUUUGUAUGUAAUAUGUGUAUCUGCAUCUACAUCUGCUUUGGUUGGUUGGAGUUCAACAACAAACUUGCUUUACCUAAUGGCAAGCCACAAAACUUGUUGUACUUGUUUGCAAGCCACAAAACUUGCUGUAUCUAUUUGCAGUCUUGCAACAUGGUAUUGGGCGGAAGGGGGGGGGCGGUUUGCACCCCCUUUUAUGAAGGCAAUUUAUACACCACUGUAACAUGGUAUUGGGCGGAAGGGGGGCGGCCUACACCCCCUUCCAUGAAGUCAAUUUAUACACCACUAGUUACUAUUUUUACAAGUAUCGAAAUAUAUUUUUUAUUUUUUAUACUAAAAUUAAUUGUUUUAGUAAAGAUUGAAAUAUUUAAAAGAAUGAAAUUUUGAUAGGGUGUUAAACCUUAUUUAAAACCCAACACCCGACUUUGAGAUAGACUUGUAAUAUUCACUAGUGAUGUGGAAUAAAAAAAUAACAAUUUUUUGUAUAUAGAUAUUUGUAAUUUUUAAAAGAAAAACACUUUUUUAUGAAAAAAGUGUAUUUUUGUGAGGUGUAGGUGGUGGAUUAGCACCCCCUCCGGAUCCCUGGAUGCGCCCUUGACCUAAAAUUUAAUUGAAAAUUAUAGUUCUUUUUUACACCUAUCUUUCGAUACCAAGUUAUAGAUAUUUGAAUAAGAAUUAGCAAAGUUAUAACAAUUUAUGUGAAAAAAAAAUUUUUUUGACCACAGUUUUAUCAAGAAAUCCAUAAAUCGAAAAUUUGCUACUUAAAACGUCAUAACUUUUGAUAGAAUUGUCCGAUUUUCAUAA